UGAAGUUUGGUUGAGUUAAAAUGUGUACUCCCUGAGAUAAUCGAGAUAUCUGUCUGGAGUUCCGAGUAGUUAACAAGAGUGAUUUUUUUUUAUGCAUGCAAGAUGAAGAUCAACAUGACCCGCCUUCUACGCAUUACGCAAUAAAAAGAAAACGAAAGUGAAUGCGCGGUAGAAAACAUUACCUUGAAAACGUAAAUCGCCUUAGCUUGAGUGUCAUCAAGCAGAGUUCCUCAUGGGUGCGGAACUAUAUCAAUCUCAGAAUAAAAUCAUUUGUGUGCUUUGCGAGAAAUCAGACGAAGAUGAAAUCACCGGGCCUCUUUCAUCCAAAGAGAACACGUCCGCACAUGAGAACUGUUUGUUGUUUGCAUCAGGGAUCAUCUGCAAGACUUCACCCACCUAUGACGACCUGUUUGGAUUUGCUGUGGAAGAUGUAAAAGAAGAGCAGCGGAGAGGAAAAAGACUACUUUGCUACCACUGUAAAAAAAACGGUGCUACAGCGGGAUGUGAUUUAAAGCGUUGUAAGCGCUCGUACCAUUAUCCCUGUGCCAUAGAGGCCCGUGCCACGACCGAUGAAGACCUUAAAAAAGGCAGUUUUAAGCUGUUCUGUGAAUUGCAUGAUCCAAAAUCCAAAAAAACAAGAUCACCAGACGGUCGAAGGCCUGACAUGAAAAAGCCUGACAGGAGAGAUUCUAAUUCAUCUACAGGGUCAUCAGAAAAAAGUGUGUCCAAAAAGAUGAAGAGGAAUUCACCUAUUCUAAUAGAUUCUGAUGAUGACAUUGCAGACACUGUGGUCCCCAUGUUUGCUCCAGAAGAGUUAUAUAUAGAGGACAGUAAAUCUCCAAAUCUGUACAAUCAGUUCAAACCUGAUCCUGAAAUUAAAAGGCCCUAUGCAAGGCCCAGUCCAUCAAACUCAGGUUCAUCAAAAGGGGGCUUAACGUCUGAUCAGAAGGCUUGUGGACCACCAGACAGUUCAAGGGAAUUUCAGAGUGCAUAUGAUUCACUGGUACGAUCGGCAGAAGUGGAAACACCCAGAAGGAAAAAAAAUAAACUCAUUAUAGACUCAGAUGAUGAAAGUCCCAGCAGCACUGAGCGUGUAAUGGCUCCAGCAGUGGCAGCUACAGAGCCCCGUCACUCCACUCCUGUGCCUGAAAAAACAAGGCCAUGUGUAAAACAAAAUCCAUCACCCACAGAAGCUGAUGAUGACACAGACAUUGAAACAGAAGAUUCUCAGAGUUUGUUACAAUCAGAAAUGUACCACAUCACUGUUCCAUGUAGGGUUAUUAUGGACCCUGGAACCUCAGCAGAAUCAGAGUACAGUCUAGAACCUUCUUCACCUGCUGGUGCAGCCCCGGCAGCUGUGUGCACCUCACCGGAGUCUGUCGCUGCCCCUGAACUAGAGGAAACACCAUCCACAAGCAGAACUUCUCCACCGACCAGAGCUCAAACCACUGACCCAUUCUCACCAGGUACCACUGACCCAAUCUCACCAGGUACCACUGACCCUACGCCUAACCAGGGCCAUGCCAGUGAUGGUCCCGCAGGUCGUCCCGCUGCAGCAGAUGCUUCUGAUGUGUGUACCACAGUGAAAUCCAAGUCCAGUGCUGCCAUAUUCUGGACCAGAUGUAAUGAGGCUGGGUGGACUAAAGAAGUCUUCUCAGAGCUUGUGUCUCAGCUGAGCAGUCUAGGAGAAAGAGUGCAGUCACAGGAAGCUAGCCACCAAGACUAUGAUGUUGCUCUCAAAGUAUUGAUGGCGUCUGGACAGCUGCCUUGCCUUUUUACUCGGCUGGAACAAGACCUGGAGAAACAGGAAAGGGAUCUGCAGAGGAAAAAAGCAGCACUGAGGGAUGCCAAAGCUGUACUCGAUGUUUAAUAGAACAAUCUAAUAGAGUUUAGAUGUUUUAUAUUUUUUUUAUGUUUUCUUUUUUUAAGUUGAGAACAUUUCUGCAGUUUGCAAACACAUAAGAUUUUACAUCAGUGACCAAAAUCUCAUGAAAUAUAUCUACACGUCAUUUUUA